AUGCCUCUGUUUGCCUCUCUGUUCUCCCGUCGACGUUCUCGCCAGACGCGAGAGAAGGAAGCAGCGUCAUCAGAGUCAGCUAGUAAUGAUGCUGUUGAGGCGUCUGCAGGGCAGAAGAAUGGGACCAACCAUAAAGCUCCCCGGGUCGAGCUCGAUUUUCCGCACAUCAAUCCAUCAUCGGCAACGAGCCAGCCCGCGGCCGAGAACGAACCCCGAACGCCAGCUCGAGGCGAUGACGACAAGCCCGUGAACCCAGCUUCGGUAGAACUGCCCGUGUCGCCACAGAAUGAACAGCCAGGGUCCCCCGGGAUAGUGGUAUCCAAGAAGCAGUCGUUGAUGUCAGUAAGGAGUGACGGGCAGCAGCCACAACCACAAUUCUUCAAGGAGGGGAAGAGACGGGCUCGCCGAAUGUCUGUCUUCUCGUCUCUCAGAUCUAGACCAUCGACCGCAAUGUCAACCGCGACAGAACCAGCCCCAGAGCUCCAGAUGUCGCCUGUCACCUCGCAUGUCAACCGACCCUACUUCCCGCCAGACCCAAAGUUCCAGCUGGACUUGAAGCCAGAUGCCUUUGGCAAGGCUUUCACUGGAUCUAGCCUCCCUUUUGUUGAGGAGAUGUUUGGUAACAAUGGUGGUGAAAAUAAUAACUCAGUUGGAUUGUCUGGUACUUCUACCACCACCACUGCCGCCACCACUACCACAUCCUCCCUAGAUCCAGGAAAUAAUGUUUCACGAGGAUGGUUGUUACCAGAUUUAAAAUCAGUUAUGGAUGGAGAUACCCUGAACACAAACCAUACAAAUGCUACAUUGAACCAGUCCAGUUGUUCCGCAGACAAUGACGGAACAGCAAACCAGACCACCCCCCAUGCCAACUCUGAGAAGAUAGAGGAGACCUCCUCAGAGAGUCUGCCAUCCCCUUCCUCAUUACCCCCACUACCUGCUUCACCAGAACCAGGUUCACCCAAAUCCCCUAGCCGGAGCUCUCUAAAGAGGCUGCUUAGCAAAAGGAUAUCCCCAGAGACACAGCAGGGUAGUACCCUGGCUGAUACCAACACCGCUGCUCCUAAUGGUGUGACCGCGUAG